AUGCGUAUCAUUCUUUCAUUUGACAAAUACAUGUUUCUUUGAUACGGUAUUUAUAUUUGAGUUGAGGUUAUGGUGAAAUUGGAUUUCAGUGUAAUGAAAUACACUUUAAAUGGUUUCCAGUAUGAAAUGUUACCUUUAAUAAGUUAUCGCCCCAAAAAAAUUUGUUGGAGCUACUGGAAGUUUUAGAGAAAACCAAACUUGAUCUUAAGUCCACAGUAAAUGAAAUAACUAACUGAAUUAUUUUGAUAAAUUCGGUAAUCUCUGAUAAUUCUACUAUGAAUUAUAAAAUAUUGGAAAAAAUGAUUCCAAUAGAUCCUACAAUAACUCAAACACAAUUGGAGGAAAUAUUACAAUUUACGUUAAUGGGAGAAGGUAACGCAAAUGAAUAUGAAAAGAUCUUACUGAUGAUUAUUGAUACAUUUUCAAAGUUACACAGAUUUGAAAAUUUAAUAUUUAAAAUUGUUACUGUUAUAAAUAACUACUGCGAAGAUGUUUCAAAUAAGAAAAAGAAAAAAGUAAAUUUGGAAGUUCGAGAUUUAUUAACAACGAAUAUCCUGGCGUCAAUAUCUAGGAUUAUCCAGAAUUUGGCCAGUUGGCAAGUUAUCAACGUAUUCAAGACUCUAUUAUUCUCAUUGAAAAAAGUUGUGGACAAUCUAAAUGUUUUGGGUGCUAAAAUAGAAUAUUGCUUCCACUUGGAAUAUUUGAGUGAAUUAAUGGGAACGUUUUUGUCAAGUAUUAGAGUAGCGGAACAUACUGUAGCUGUUAAUGUAGUUGAAAAGACAAAAAAAUGUCAAAAGGAAUUGGAAGACAUACUACAUAAUUUAGGAACAGGCCUCCUAAAUAGAAAACAUAAUUGUAGUUUGAUGAGAUCCUUUUUAAAUAUGGGAUACUAUUGGGCCGAAAUGAAUAUCAUUUUGAAAUAUUAUUCUUUGAAUCAAGAAGAUAAAACAAAAGCCUCUGCUUUGGAUUACAAUCUUGCCGCUUGCAACAUAACUUAUAUACAUCCUUAUUUGAGUAUUGACGAAUGGUGUUCAAUAUCUGAAAGGAUAACUAACUUUGGAGAAGUAUCUUGUAAACAAUUGUUGUAUAAGUUAUUUGUACAGAAAGUACAAGCUUUGUAUAUUUUUGAAGAAAAAGUUAGUGAAGAAGUUUUACAGGAUCUACUGAGAUACCUAACAAGAGAUUUGAACGAUAUUUGGAAAUAUAUUUUACAAAAUAAAUUUUUGAGCAACAAUUUGUUACCUUUAAUGGAUCAAUCGUCAAUAAAUGCUCUAACUGAAAUAUUGAUAGAUGAAUUUGACAAUUUUCAGAAUAUUCAACAUAUUUUUGAUAACACAACUAUUUUGAAUGCUAUUGUUUAUACUGUCAUCGCAAAAUGUGAUAGAUUGAUAUCAAAUAGAAAAAGAAAACACAACGAAGAAGGACAAAUGAAAAAAAUGCGAAGCACGAAAAUAUUUAAUGAAAUGGCGAAUGCUUUAUUCGAAGAAGAAAAUAAAGAUAUAACACCUUUAAAAAAAAUUAAACGAAUAAUGGAAAUAGAUAUCGAAAAUAAUUUGGAAGUUACAUUUGAAGAAUCAAAAGUUUUGGUCCUUCUAGAAGUCGCAAGAAAAUUUCCCAUAUUAUUUUGUAAACAAUCGGUACAAAAUUAUUUUCUUCUCUAUUUGUUUUCUUUGCACAAGGAUAUGACUUCGGAAUUUUCUAAAAAAAAUUAUACGAAUCUACAAGUCAGUCUAGAAACUAUAAUUUUAGGAAUCCUUCAACAGUAUAAAUACAGAUUAGAAGAUAUAUUUACAAUAAACAACUUAUGCGAUGAAGUCUUGACCAAUUUCAUUGAAUGGAAGAGUGUAGUUACUUUGAUAAUAGAAAAUUUGUUUCGAGAUAGAGAAGAAGUAGUAAAUGUUGAGUCAUUCGUUUUGCAUAUGGCAGAUAAGUUGCAUAUAUACACAUACAUGUAUUGUGCUAUUUGUAUUUUAAAUACAUUGAACAAGUAUAAAAAACUAAAAUUACCGAAGGAGAUAAAAAGUAUGGCUGAAAAUUUUAAACUGAUAAUAUGCAACAAAAUAUAUGAAUUAGUUCUUACAAGUGAUCCGGAAGAUUUUUUAUUACCUGGAUAUGUGUAUACUAUGAGAAUGUUCAUAGCACAAGAAGAAACUGAAAAAAUUUCACAAUUAGAAACAAUUUUAAAAUCGUAUCUAGAGUUUUCGCUACAAAAAUAUGAAGAAUUUGAUAAGUCCAGUUAUUUGCAGCUAUUCAAUACAGUUUUACAAAACAAAACUGUUUUAAAAACAAACGUAGAUGAUCUACCAUUGAAAAUAUGGAAAGUGUGCAAAAACAACCAAACAGUUUACAAAAGAUUCGACGAAUUUUCACCAUUGAUGCUUCUAAUAGUCGGAUGUGUUUCUAAUGAAGAUUUUUUUUCAAUCAUGGAAGAUCUUUUAUUCAUUUCAGAAAGUUUUUUGAUUAAAAACAAACACGAGGCGUUUGGAAAUGUAUUGAAAACCUGGGUGGCGAUAUUAACUUCAAACAUAAAUUCUAUCAAAACAAAAAAAUUAUUAGAUUCGCUAGAAAUACUUAUAUCGCAAAUCAUUCACCAUUUCAGAAAUGCCGAUUAUAGCAAAGACAUACUCAACUUUGAGAUAACAAUAGUGCAGACAAAGCAACUCCAUCUAUCGCCAUCUUUAAUAGAUGUUUUAAUAUUGAGUGCUACAAUAUCAUUGAAUAAAGAACAAAUAGAUUUCAAAGAAUCGUAUACCUUAGCAAUAUCUCUAUUAUCAAAUUUAUUGAAAUACCGCAAAUCUAUUAUUAUGGAUAGGUUACCACCAUAUUUGAAACAAUUUAGAAUGUUAUUAAAAACUCUCUGUUCAAAGAGUAACGCGGAUGAAACAACUGAGGAAGAAGUCGUUCAACAGUUAUCGGAUUGUGCUUUCCAAUUAGAGAAAUUAACAAAAAAUUUAGUUGUCCACCAAAAAGAUAUGUCCAGAAUCGCUAUGUACAUUAUUGCCGAUACAUUGGAACAGUAUGAAAAGAUAAACAUAUUUCCAAAAGUUAAGAUGCACUUAAAUAACUGUUUGUACAGUUUGUUAACUAUAUGUGAUCAACAUGCUAUAUCUUACUUAAUGAGGGUAUUAUCCACUGCUUCUACUGAAAUAUUCAAAGUUGUGUAUGAACAUUACAAAAAAUAUUAUAGAUUUACAGGAAAAGCUUAAA